AUGGCUUCCUCUGUAAUCUCUUCCUCUCCCUUCGUCUGCAAAUCAUCCAAGGUGAAAACUGGGAUGACAAUGACGGAGAAGAUUCUGGCUAAGGCAUCAGAGAAGUCACAAGUGGUCCCUGGUGAUAACAUUUGGGUUAACGUUGAUGUUCUUAUGACUCAUGAUGUUUGUGGCCCUGGUGCUUUUGGUAUCUUCAAGAGAGAGUUCGGUGAAAAGGCUAAGGUUUGGGACCCGGAGAAGAUCGUUGUUAUACCAGACCAUUACAUAUUCACAACCGAUAAGCGUGCUAACCGCAAUGUGGACAUUAUGCGGGAACAUUGCAAGGAACAGAACAUCAAGUAUUUCUACGAUAUCACCGACCUUGGAGAUUUUCGGGCUAAUCCUGACUACAAAGGUGUUUGCCAUGUUGCACUUGCACAAGAAGGUCAUUGCAGGCCAGGAGAGGUUUUGUUAGGAACGGACUCACACACAUGUACUGCUGGAGCAUUCGGUCAAUUUGCUACAGGGAUUGGAAAUACUGAUGCAGGGUUUGUGUUAGGGACUGGAAAAAUCCUCCUUAAGAGGCUUGAUAGAAUAGCUUCAAACCUGUUUAACACUCUUAACUUCUAUAACCGAACUAUAGUUUUUGAAGCUCGUAUCCUGAAUCUGCAGGUUCCACCAACAAUGAGGUUUAUCUUGGAUGGUGAAAUGCCCAGUUACUUGCAAGCAAAGGAUCUGAUUCUACAAAUCAUUGGUGAAAUAUCCGUUGCUGGUGCAACUUACAAGACGAUGGAGUUCAGUGGCACAACUAUCGAAGGCCUUACCAUGGAAGAAAGGAUGACAUUGUGCAACAUGGUUGUGGAAGCUGGGGGAAAGAAUGGUGUCAUCCCUCCUGAUGCGACGACAUUUAAUUACGUUGAGAAUAGGACAUCUGUACCCUUUGAGCCAGUAUAUAGUGAUGGAAAUGCAAGCUUUGUCGCUGCUUAUAGAUUUGACGUGUCAAAGCUAGAACCUGUGGUGGCUAAGCCUCAUUCUCCUGACAACCGAGCUCUAGCAAGAGAAUGCAAAGAUGUGAAAAUCGACAGAGUAUACAUCGGUUCAUGUACUGGUGGGAAGACAGAGGAUUUUAUGGCUGCAGCUAAACUUUUCCAUGCAUCAGGAAAGAAAGUCAAAGUCCCAACAUUCCUUGUCCCGGCUACUCAGAAGGUGUGGAUGGAUGUGUAUGCCCUCCCGGUACCUGGAUCAGGUGGUAAGACGUGUGCACAGAUAUUCGAAGAAGCUGGAUGUGACACACCAACAAGUCCGAGCUGUGGUGCUUGCCUUGGUGGCCCAGCUGACACCUAUGCUCGUUUGAACGAACCUCAAGUCUGUGUCUCGACGACGAACAGGAACUUCCCUGGUCGAAUGGGACACAAAGAAGGGCAGAUUUACUUAGCUUCUCCUUACACAGCUGCAGCUUCGGCUCUAACUGGUCGUGUCACCGACCCGAGGGAGUUCUUGCAGUAA